GUUAAGGGGUCAGACAAUUUUGUCAAACAUACCAGAGUGAACCCAAAAUUUACUUCUUAAAUCAAACAGUCGCAUUAUCAUUGGAUUUUCAAAAGAAUUGUUUCAAACUGACGCUCGGAGGAAUAUCGUAUACGACUGACAGAGCUUUUGUACACGGAUAUAGUUUCUACCGAACUCUCUGUAUCGCACAUUCACGUUCAAGUUCACGUUUUAAAAUGACUAAAUGGCAUAUAAUUAUAUCACUGAGCUAUGUUUGAAAACAAGGGACAAUGGAAUAGAUAUAUGCUUGUCUACGUAACAUUCGAAGUGUCAAGAUCGUCAUUUAAAAUUGUGAUCAUUUCAUGUUGCAAGUUCUUGAAUGUAUCCAGCUGAAAAAAAAUGAACGAAUGAAUUCAACAUUAAUACAACUACAGUGUUUCUCUUGGAUGUAAAGGGGAAAAGUCAUCAUACCUUGGAAGUUCGAGUUCCAUACAGUGAUGUGAAUAUGUGAUAUAGAGAUAUAAUAUUCAUUUUCUAAUUGGUGUUUAAAUACAAGAUGGAUCAUUCGAGAAAGUUCAGCACCUCUAGUAUUGGUUGGCAUGGAAAUAAGUUAUUCGUGGAGAUUUUGUCUGACAUUAUCUUAUCUUAAAUAUUGGCAAUGUUGCCAUGACAAUAGAUGAUGCAGCUUGCAGAGUGUUUCGCUACGUUGGAGUUGAAAUUAGUGACGUUUACAUAAACUAGUGGCAAAAAGGUGGUGUGCAGAGUAAGUCAAUGUCUGUGAAGCUACUUUGGAUAAACAAAUGGAGGGCGGGAAAGUUUGUGGUCGACACAGACAGCAGUAAGGAAUAAUAGAAUCGAGUGUGUUUAGUUCAGCUUCCGAUAAACUCUAAGGAAUAUUAUUGGGAAAAAAGUGUUGAACGUAUCAACGAAUCACUGAUGUCAAUUACCUUUCUGUCAUACACACAGAGGAAAUAUACCUGCAGUCAUCUUCGUUUUUUUCCCUUCUGAACACCCCUUAGGCCAUUCAGCGAUUGAUAACAGAAGAAGACGAGUCAUUGAUGGACAUAGCCCAUCAUCCUUAGCGAACGGAACGAAACUCAGCAGACGACAGUUCGUUUGGCGGGUAAUUAAUUCCACAUGAGUUCAUAUUAAAAAGUGCAGAAUGAAUACAAGCAUGAAGUGGACUCUUAUUAUUUCAGUUUUUGCAGUAAUUGAAAGUUUGGCCAAGCGUUUAGAAGACAAUGUUGUUCAUCUUGACCUUCGUCAUGGCGUUGUCAGGGGCUUCAGCAACCAUAUUUCUUUCAUAAGUAAACCCACAACGAGGCCGGGGAGGUCAUGUGAUAAGCAAGUUGUUCUAAAAUUAGAUUUCUCAGGUCCAUAUAAAGAGGCAAAAAUUGUAUUGGACUAUGCUGAGCCCCCUAGAUUGUGGACACUCGACAUAUCGGAUUCACCGACAGGCGAUGGUUACGGCGAUGAUAACGGAACAACAAGCAAUAUGGCGGAGACUCAAAUUCAUAAUAAACAGUUUCGUAUUUAUGGAAAUAAUCUGCCUGGUCACAUGGACGCUUCCGCAAACGGUGGAUUAUUGAUAACAACAGUGGAUAAUUUUAUACGGAGAGGAAGUAAGACGAAAAUAAGUUUUAGUGAUGAACGUGUCGAGUGGAAGUCGGGCCCUCACAGAGAUAACCUCAAAUCUCGUUUCUUAUACACGUUACGAGGGCAACAACCCUUAUAUGGGGAAGUUGAUUACAAUGUGUAUGUUGGGCUCAACCGAGUUGUGGCGGGGAAUUUUAGAAGCGGAAGUGGAUUAUGCAGCGCUACAAUUACUAUGUAUUCAUCUGGUAACGCAUGUGAAACAGGAACACACACGUGUGACAGAGAUGCCAUCUGUAUCAACACCAGACGGCGCUAUAAGUGUCGAUGCAAACCAGGUUUUUAUGGGACAGGGAAAAUAUGUGUAGAUGAAAACGAAUGUGAUUACGAGAAUGGAGGAUGUGUUCAUUUCUGCCAGAAUCAGAGUGGUAAUUACACUUGCAGCUGUAAGGAAGGUUUUGUGUUGGACAGAGAUGGACACAAUUGUAUAGAUAAAAAUGAGUGUUUAGAAAAUUUGGGCGGCUGUGCAGCCCAAUGUGUCAAUACGUUAGGAAGCUAUGAGUGUCGGUGUAACCAGGGCUAUUCAUUGGCUCCAGACGGACGCAACUGUCAAUAUGGAACAUAUUGCAAGGAUAAUUUACAAUGCCAGCAUUUUUGUCAUACACCUGCCGGAAAACUGGUUUGCGGAUGUCGGGAAGGCUUUAGACUCCACAGCAACGCCCUCGACUGCAUUCAAACGUGCGCAGCCGGAAAUGGUGGAUGUCAACAUAAUUGCACGGACGGGCCUCUUGGCCCAAUAUGCUCGUGCGCUCCAAAAUACAUUCUGAGGGACGACAAUCAUACAUGCAUAGCAUCUUGUGAAGUCAACAAUGGCGGAUGUGACAGGAAAUGUAUAGACACAAAGGCUGGCCCUCAAUGUUCCUGUCCACGGGGUUUUAAGUUACACCAGGACGAUCGAACGUGUCUAGAUAUAGACGAAUGUCAGAUUGCUAACGGUGGUUGUAGCAACAAGUGUGUUAACACAAAGGGAGGUUAUGAAUGUGUCUGUCCUAAAGGAUUCAAGGUGCAACCGGACCAUCACACCUGUACAGAUGUUGACGAGUGUGAACUAAACACCACGUGUGACCAACGGUGCGUGAACACGCCAGGCACGUUCCACUGCACGUGCAAGUCAGGGUUCCAGCUGUAUGGGAUCACACACUGUGCAGAUAUGAAUGAAUGCGCCCAGAAUAAUGGAGGUUGCCAACACUCGUGUGAGAAUACAGAGGGGGGCUUCAGAUGUCAUUGCCCAACCGGUUUCAAACUCCACACCAACCGGAAGGACUGUGUGUCUGACCAGACCUGUCUACCCAUCCGUACACCUGCCAAAUCAAGCAUGGCUUGUGUCCAGCAAGACGGCGACCAGGUGUGCACUGUCAGGUGUGACACACGAACCUAUUCCACUAGUCCGAAGGGAGAGAACGUUUACAGAUGUGGGACGAGCACGGGCUAUGAAUGGUUACAUAGACUCUUGAAUCAGACGUUAUCAUCGUGUUCAGAAUCGGCGGAGGUUCCCGUUGUUAGGAAAACAGCAAGAAUUUUAUUCAUGGCCAGCAAAUGUCGAGUUCGGCGAAGUAUUCGAGAGGAGGUUCGGCGAAAUAUCACUGCUCAGCUUGAGCUGAAAAAGUACCGUUGCCGUCGAAAAUGCAGUAUAAGUUCUGUCAACAUUGACUGUGAUACCCGGAAGUCACGUCGACUGGUCCAAGACCUCAAGGGGGCGCUCGUAGCGGCCGAUAUUGAAAUAGAGGUGGCACCACUAAAGACAAAAAAGAAAUGUGAUUUUAAAUGUACGAAAAAGCGGACUGAACGACGACUGAAAAAAUUAUUAAAGAGAAUGAAGAAAUUCAUCAAUAAAUCUCAGUUUGUGGUCAGCUACGAUGGAGACGGCCGCGUUGUCAUAAAAAAGUCGUUUAAAUACAAAAAAACUGUAUCAUUCGUCUGUCCAGAAGGCAAAGUAAUGGCUGGCGACCAAUGUGUUGCCUGCAGCGUUGGGUCGUACUUCAAGCGGAAGUUAGCUGCAUGCUCGCUGUGUUCCAGAGGGACAUACCAGGAUCAGGAGGGUCAGACGUCCUGUAUAAAAUGUCCAAAUCGCAUUCCUGGUGUCGGUAUCCUGGGAGCUAAAACUGCAAUGGAGUGUACAGUGCUAUGUGAACCUGGCACAUUCUCUCAUGAUGGCCUCAAACCUUGCACCCCAUGCCAUGCGGGAACGUACGGACCAGAAUACGGACGCACAUCCUGUUUUCCAUGCGGAGGCGGAUUGACCACGAGUAGCAACGGAGCGACGACCUUCUCAGAAUGUUCUCCCUUGACGUGCUCUCCUGGUCAUUUCUACGAUGUCCAGAGUCACACGUGUCAGCAAUGUCCGACUGCUAGCUACCAGCCUGAUUCAGGGCAGACCUUCUGCUACGCAUGCCCGGGAUCCACCAUAACCGACUCACCGGCAACUACAAACAGCUCUGAAUGUAAAGAUGCUUCGUGCGGAGGAAUGAUAGGGAGACUACAGGGAUUCAUACAAAGCCCCAACUACCCAGGAAAUUACCCUAAUAAUAUCGAAUGCGUUUGGAGGAUAAAACCUAGUAAAAAGCGCCGGAUACUUGUCAUUAUACCGGAAGUGUUUCUGCCAAGAGAAGACCAGUGCGGCGAUAGCCUCGUUAUGAGAAAGUCAAAGAAGGCAUCCUCUUUGACAACUUAUGAAGCUUGCGAGAGUACGGAGAAACCUAUAGCAUUUACCUCACAGACACACAGGCUUUGGAUAAAGUUUAAAUCAGAUGGACAAAACUCGGCAGGCGGAUUCUCCAUUCCAUUUGUAACCUAUAACGAGGAUUAUCAGCAGUUAAUAGAAGACAUUGUCAGAGAUGGACGCCUCUAUGAUUCUUACCAGCAUCAAUCCAUCCUAAAGGACAGGAAGAUGUUAAGUGUUCUGAUGGAGGUGAUCGCCCAGCCGUACCAUUACUUCAAAUACGCCAACGCAUCUCGUACGAUGAUGCCGGAGUCAUUUAUAAAAUUAUUGACAUCUAAGGUUACUCGUUUCCUUAGAACUUAAUUGGUUUUUCAGUACCGUACAUACGAUUUGGAAAGGUACACGUAUAAUUACGAGAGGUGUGGAAGGUACCGCUGUGUAAGUCACGAGGUGUUCCGAAGGUAUCACAGUGAGAUAUCACGCGAGUUGAAUUGAACAUGAAACUGUGGAACUCAUUAAGUGCUAUCAUAUUUGUGCAUGUGGAUCAUGACUUACAAACUUAAAAAGACAUCGAGUUCCUUUUAUUGUUUUCUUUUGAAAAUAGAGAGUGAAGGAUAAGGAAUUGGUUUCGAUGUUUCAUUCGAAGAAUACUUUUGUUGGAUCUUCCCAUCCAUGAUGUAAAUACUCGUACCUUCUAAAGGAUCCAUAAGUCGAUUAGUGUAAUAGCACGUAACCGUGAUUACAAGGUAUAGAAAAACAUAUCGAUGUGUAUAUAUACAGAAACUUCACUUUGUAAGACAAAGGGAUGUUUUAUGUCGUUCGCCAAGUAGUGGUUAUAAACCAGCAGUAUGGGUUGGAAGCCGCCACAGACUAAAGGAAGGAUCGUUCACACAUCAGAUUCGUUUAAUAAAGUAUUCCAAUGAGUUAUAUAUAUCAUUUCCGAAAUGAUAGGUUGUAAUUUAUUGCAGUCAGAUGGAACAGUGCAAUAAUUUAUUGUUUUACUCUUGGACCGAAGCGCAGACGGUUAGUGGCAUGGCACAUCCCUCUGGAACUGUUUUUCAUCAAUGGAUGGGAUCCAUCAUUUAGUUUGGUACGUUUCAUAAAAAAGUGCUGCACAAAAAGUUGCUCUAGAACAAUGCUUUAAAAGUAGUGUUGUAAAAUAGUUGUAUGGUAAAGGAAGAUGGUUUGAUGAUCAUGCAAGUUAAUCAUUCUCCCGAUUUUUGUCGUUCUGAAAAACAACGUGUGUUAAAACUAUAUAACUAGGUUGUGUAUACACAUAUGCAACUCCAGCAAAAUAAGCAUUCAUCUUGUUUGUACCACAGCAGAUACCCAAUUGUAUGUACUAUUAUAGCAUUGUCUUACAACUGUCUUAGCAUUAGUAUGAAGCAUCAUCACAAUAUAUACUGAUACCGAUAAUACUGACAGCAUUGGCAAUAGAUUUUAUUCUAAUUCUGCGGUACCAUUGUUGUACCUUAUUUAACAAUAUAAAGCUUGUCUAGUACCGAUUUGUGUCGUUUCGGAAGAUUAAAAUCAAUUUUAAAAUGGCGGAACACUAUAAAACAAGCGAUGAAAUUAGGAGUUAUAUAUCAGCACAUUUGAAAAUGAUUAUCAAAAGCAUGUUGAUAUGUUAUUCAAAGAUUAAGUUGAUUGGUACGAAAUCAUGAAACAAAACAAGCAUACCCAAAGUCAUAGACGUUUAUAGUUUGUCAGAACAUCCUCCUGAAGACAUCCUAGCCUCGUAGUCAGUUUGUCAGAGCGACCUCCCGAAGACAGUCCGGCCCCGUAGUCAGUUUGUCAGAAUGACCUCCUGAAGACAGCUUGGCCUCGUAGUCAGUUUGUCAGAACGACCUCCCGAAGACAGCUUGGCCUCGUAGUCAGUUUGUCAGAACGACCUCCCGAAGACAGCUUGGCCUCGUAGUCAGUUUGUCAGAACGACCUCCUGAAGACAGCUUGGCCUCGUAGCACGUUUUGUCCAAGUGAAGUUUUGUAUAAUAUUAGUAAACUUUAUGUACAGCUGCAUACAAUUAAAACUAUUUUUCUGACAAGGGAGAUCACUAAUUUACGGACGGGUUCGGUCUUGAGUUAAACAUUUCCUAGACUGGUUAGUCAUAUCAUAUCAAACUCAAAGUAUAUGUUGUAUUGUUUUAAUUUAUUUUACUUUUGUGAGUUCAUCUUCCAGUGUCGAAUUGGUGUAUUUUUUGUAUUAUUGUACUAUGUAUUUUUGUAUUAUCACCACAAAGCUACAUUAUAUGCCAUGUUUAAUUUAUGUGCCGAUUUCAUAAAAUGUAUAUUAUAUACUUUUUAUGAAAACAAACUAGAACAAAGAAAUAUUUAAAAUUAUACAUUGAUUUUCCAUGUUGAAUUCUAUUGCUUUGCUUUUUUUCCAAAAGUUCAAUGAAAUUAAUUUCAAUCAAUAUUUAGUAAUUAUAAUGAUUAAAUAAAAUCAGUUUAGCUCCAUCACAGUUUUAGCAAAUUUUAAUUGUGUAUACAUCUUAACGACAAUAUAGGUAGGUAAGAUAUGAAUGCAUGUACUUAUCAAUAAUAUUUUUAAAUUCAAAAUUUAAUAUAUAAUAUGUGUGUAACGUCAGUUUCUAUUGCUUUAAUUCAUUUUGUUGAGUUUAUAAUUGUGUAUAUAUAUUAUGUGCAUAUAUAGACAGUUAUUUAUCAUGAUUACAUACUGUAUGUUUACAAUAGUUAUUGUGAAACAGAACCAAGACAGGUAAUAAGGGCCUGAACGACAUGUAAAAACAUUUUCGGUAGGUGCUUUCUGAGUAGUAGAUAUUGAGAUGCGUAUGUACUUACUAGAAAAUAUUAAAGAAUGCCAUAUAAACAUUUAGCAGUGAUGCAUUGACUCUGAGAUAGAAAUUUCAUAUUCAAAAUGACAUAAACUUACUCUUCAUAAUAAAUGCUUGUCAAGAGUUUUA